AUGUCCAACUUGGAGAACUUGGACUUGAGGAACAAUCUCGUUCAUGGAAACAUUCCAUACGAGAUGAGUAAACUUAUGAAGCUGAGGACACUUCGUCUGGCUAAAAACCAACUUUCUGGUUCCAUUCCUGCUGCCAUUUAUAAUAUUUCCGCCUUGCGGAUGAUUUCUCUACCAUACAAUAAUCUAUCUGGUAGUUUACCAAAAAAAAUAUGUCAUCAUCUUCUAAAUCUUGAGGCACUUUACCUGUAUGAAAAUGAGUUUUCAGGUCAAAUUCCAACAAGUAUUGGAGAGUGCAAGAAUCUUCGACAGUUAAUCUUAGACACCAAUAGAUUCAAUGGUAGAAUUCCAACAAGUAUCGGGAAUCUAACAGCGCUUACCGAUCUAUACUUGUUUGCAAAUGAUUUGGAAGGUGAAAUUCCAUGGGAAAUUGGAAAGCUUGAGAAGUUGGAGUAUCUUCACGUAGAAUAUAUGAGACUUGAUGGUUCAAUCCCAGCUUCCAUCUUUAACCUUUCUUCUUUGAAAACAAUUGUUCUGGGUGACAACAAUCUAUCUGGUGAACUACCAUACAUUACCUCGGUUCGAAAUCUGGAGAAAAUUUUCCUUUGGGGCAAUCAUCUUAGUGGAAAUAUUCUUGAUUCAAUCUCUAAUAUUACUAAGCUCAAAAUUCUAGAAUUGCAAAGAAACUCGUUCUCUGGCCUUAUUCCAAAUGCACUUGGCAAUUUGCAAUUCCUUGAGAGAUUGACACUUAGGUCCAAUCAUUUGACCACCAAAACUUCAUCUAAUGGGUGGAGCUUUCUGGAUUCAUUGACAAAAUGCAGGUAUCUGAUACAUUUGGACUUAUCAUUGAACCCAUUGGGGGGUGUUCUUCCACCUUCUAUCUCAAAUCUCUCAAUAUCACUUCUACAGUUUGAAGCCACAGCUUGUAAAAUUAGAGGCAACAUUCCCAUGGAAAUUGGUAGUUUAAACAAUGCCUUAACUUUAGACCUUUCUGUCAAUGAGUUGAGUGGAUCUAUUCCUACAACAAUAGGAAGGCUAAAAAAUAUCCAGCUUCUAGACUUUUCUGGAAAUAAGCUACAAGGCUCUAUCCCACACCAACUUUGUGGCUUAAAGGGAUUAUACAAGUUAUCAUUUGCUACUAAUGAGCUUGAUGGACCUUUACCGGUAGGUUUGGGUAAUUUGAUUGCUUUGAGAAAGCUAAAUUUUUCCUCCAACAAAUUGCAUUCAUCAAUACCUUUGAGUUUCUGGAGAUUGAAAGAUAUUUUAGAAGUAGACUUGUCAUCAAACUAUUUUAGUGGUUCACUUUCACUUGACAUUGGAAAUUUGGAAGUAAUUACACAUUUAGAUUUGUCAAGAAAUUUUCUCUCAAGUGAUAUCCCUUCCACAUUUGGAAGCCUUCAUUACCUCCAGGUUUUACUUCUUUCUCAUAAUAGAUUGCAAGGUCCUAUUCCUGAAUCAUUAGGUGACAUGAUUAGUUUGAGGAAAAACAAGAGUACAGGUUUGACAAUUGUUGAAGAUUUAGUACAUGUUAGACAAUGGAGAAGAAUUUCUUAUUAUCAGUUGUGGGAAGGGACUGAUGGAUUUAAUGAAAGAAACUUGCUUGGUUCAGGAAGUUUUGGCUCUAUAUACAAAGGAAUGCUUUCAUGUGGAACAGAAGUCGCAAUAAAAGUUUUCAAUUUGGAAAUAGAAGGAGCAUUUAAGAGCUUUGAUGUUGAAUGUGAAGUGAUGGCGGAAAUCCUUCAUCGCAAUCUUGUCAAAAUCAUUACUUGUUGUUCCACUAUUGAUUUCAAAGCCUUAGUGCUAGAAUUCAUGCCUAAUGGAAGUCUUGAGAAAUGGUUACAUUCUGACGAUCAUGCCUUGGAUAUCCUACAAAGAAUCAACAUAAUGGUUGAUGUUGCAUUAGCAUUAGAAUAUCUCUAUUCUAGAUUUCUUAUUCCUAUAAUCCAUUGUGACUUGAAACCAAGUAAUGUCUUAUUGGAUGAAGACAUGGUUGGACAUGUGGGAGAUUUUGGAGUUUCUAAACUAUUGGGAGAAGGAGAUUCCAUCAAGCAAACAAUGACGCUUGCUACUGUUGGCUAUAUGGCACCAGAAUAUGGAUCGGCAGGAAUUGUUUCUGUAAAAUGUGAUGUUUAUAGUUAUGGUAUUUUGUUAAUGGAAACUUUCACAAGGAAAAAGCCUACAAAUGAAUUUUUUGUUGGAGAAAUGAGUAUGAAGCAUUGGGUGAAAAUGUCAUUAUCUAAUGGAAUAAAUGGUGUAGGGGACUCCAGCAUAGUGCAAGAAGAAGAUGAAUACUUUGUUGUUAAAGCAAAUUAUACGAUGUCGCAACAUCCGAGUGAUUCCGAUAGAUUUGUUCAACCUGUUAUUCCUCGCUUUGAUGAUGCACAGAAGAUGGAGAUUGAUGCACAAAAGCUGAAAGAUUUGAGGGCCAAAAAUUAUUUGUUCCAAGCAAUUGAUCGUUCAAUCCUUGAAAUGAUUCUUUGCAAGGAUACAACAAAACAUAUUUGGGACUCAAUGAAAAAGAAGUAUCAAGGCAAUGCAAGGGCAAAGCGUGCACUGCUUCAAACGUUACGAGGGGAAUUUGAGAAUUUGCACAUGAAGCCAGGAGAGACUAUUUCAGAUUAUUUCUCAAAAAUAAUGACAAUCGUAAAUAGGAUGCGUACUCAUGGAGAAAAGCUUGGAGAUGUUGCUGAGAGUGAGGAGCAAGCGCUGCAAGCACUAUCGAUUCACAAAGAUUCUGGGCAUGGUAAAAACAAAUGGAGGGGAAGAAGCAGCGAUGAGAGGAGAAAUUUUUGGGAUCAUCGCAUACCUCAUGGGAAGCCAAAAGCUAUAGACAAAUCCCAGAUUGAAUGUUAUAGUAAUCAUAUGUGUGGAGAUCGAUCAGCGUUCUCUGAGCUCGAUGAGACUUUAAGAACAACAGUAAAGUUUGGUGACAACUCUCUCGUUUUUGUCCAAGGACGAGGAAAGGUAAAGAUCCAAACAAAGUUCUCAUCUGUCUAA